CCCUCUCAAUUAUUUCACGAUCACUACUUCCCAAUAGCUAAUUCUCAGCUCAGGAAAAAGAAAAGAAAAUGAGAGGGAAAGAUUCAGGACUGAGGGAGAAAUCAGUAAACUCACACAAGGAUGCCAAAAAAAAUCAUCGGAGAGAUUAGAUUCAUUUUCUCCAAGAACAAGUAACGGCGCAAAACAUUCAACAAGAGAUGAAGAGAACAACGUCACCUUCACUCUGCUCUCCCAUCACACUUUCUUCUUCUCUUCGAACUCUCCGUUCCACCGAAACCCUCAGAUCUCAGAGCCGGAGCCAGCGACGAUGACUUCUCUCCAUCCCACACAAUGACCCUAUCCCGACGUCAAGGCCCCGACUCCGAAGAAGACCCAAAGCGAACCACUACCUACGGUGGCGGAGGAGGUGUCACCGCUAUGCGGGUCAUUGUGCCCUUACAAGGGGUUGUUCAAGGCAGGGGUGGGCUUGUUCUAGGCUCCGUCAUCCCUUGUGCCCUCUUCUACUUCCUGCAAUUCUACCUCAAGCGCAACCGCUCUGCUCCCAAAAACCCGCCCCCGCCGUCGCCCCCGCCGCCGCCGCCGGGCCAGCUCCCGGACGUUUUUGGAUUGUCCCGAACACUCUCGCGGUCUCUUCUGUCGCCGAGAGGGUCCAGCGGACCUGCUCCUGUGUCUGCUAGGGCUAGUUCUAUUGCCAAGUCUGGUGAUUCGCCUUACGACGUUGGGCUGAAGAAGGCUUCGGAGGAUCCUUACGAUGAGUUGAGCAAUCCGGAUGGCGUUAUUCAGCUCGGAUUGGCUGAAAACAGACUGUCGUUGGAUAUGGUUCGAGAUUGGCUUGCGGAGAAUGCAAAGGACCCCAUUAAUGGCAGAGCUUUGGGUAUAGGUGGGAUUGCUACUUAUCAACCAUUUGAUGGAUUGAUGGAGCUGAAAGUGGCUGUGGCAGAUUUCAUGUCUCGAGUUACAGAAGGAACAUUUUCAUUCAACCCAUCACAGCUGGUUUUAACAGCUGGUGUAGCACCUGCUGUUGAGAUCCUCAGCUUCUGCCUUGCGGACCCAGGAAAUGCAUUUCUUGUUCCCUCCCCAUAUUGUCCUGGUUUUGAUAGGGAUGUGAAGUGGCGAACUGGAGUGGAGAUAAUACCUGUUCCCUGUCGAAGUGCCGACAACUUCAAUUUAAGUAUAAGUGCCCUCGACCGGGCAUUCAACCAAGCUAAGAAACGUGGUCCAAGAGUUCGUGGGAUCAUAAUUUCAAAUCCCUCUAAUCCAGCUGGCAAUCUGCUUAAUCGAGAAACACUUUACAGCCUCGUGGACUUUGCUAGAGAGAAAAAUAUACAUAUUAUCUCGAAUGAAAUUUUUGCAAGCUCUACUCAUGGAAGCGAAGAGUUUGUGAGCAUGGCAGAAAUAAUCGAUUUGGAGGAGUUUGACCGGGACAGAGUUCACAUAGUCUAUGGUCUAUCAGAGGAUCUCCCUCUUCCGGGUCUAAGGGCUGGGGUCAUUUAUUCUUCAAAUCGGAAUGUUGUGGCUGUUGCCCAAAAAUUGACAAGGUUCUCAUCCAUUCCAGCCCCAACUCAAUGUUUGCUCAUUUCAAUGCUUUCAGACGUGAAGUUUGUUCGUGAGUUGAUCAAGACCAACACAGAGAGGCUUCAAAGAAUGCAUGCAGAGUUUGUGGCUGGAUUGAAGCAGUUGGGCAUCAAGUGUACAAAGACCAGUGGCAGUUUCUACUGUUGGGCUGACAUGAGUGGACUAAUCCGCCCUUACAGUGAGAGAGGAGAGGUCGAGCUUUGGGACAAAUUGUUGAAAAUAGGUAAGAUCAAUGUAACUCCAGGAUCUUCUUGUCAGUGUAUUGAACCGGGAUGGUUCCGGUAUUGUUUUGCUACGUUGACUGAAAAGGAUAUUCCUGUAGUCAUGGAACGAAUUAGAAAAGUUUCCGAAACCUGUAAAUCUCACAGUUGAAAUGUUAUGGGUUUGUUUAUUUCAAGCUACAGAAUCAAAUCACCUACAGAAUAUUUUUGCUCUUUAAA